AUGUUGCUCCCUGGCUUUACCUGCAGACGCAAGACCGAGGAGGCCCUCGUCAAGGGGCCGCCGGCCACGCGCAUCAACCUCGGCGGCGUGGAGACCCAUGCCAGCGCGGCGCACUUCGGCAUGCCGGAGGUGGAGGGCGCCUGCGGCCUUCCCUCCGUCAUCCUCCAGCACGCUGCGGACCCCUCCCAGGAGCCUGGGGCCCUGCUGGACCGGUGGGAGCCCCGGGUCCGGGGAGGCCAGGGGCUGGUGCUCGUCCACGCGGCGCAGGCUGCCGGGCUCUUGUCUGCUGUCGGAUGA